UAUCAACAGGACCCUGCGUUCACCCUUAUGCUGCGAAGACGCAAAUCAUUGCGUACUUUAUUCUCACCUGCGUUGUCGUCCAGUCAGCUAGAACGCGAAUGAUUUUCGGCCGCCGUUGGUGCACGUUGCGAAAGUCAACGAAGAAGACAUGUUCGGUCACCGAAAUUGUUCACGGUUCCGACGGACUUGCGUAGAGCUUGCCAAGGACGAUCUCCUCGUGAUGCGACCUGUCAACUACAUAUGCCAGCACGAUGUGUAACCCAUGUUCUGGCUUCCUCCUUGUCCUAUAAGCGGAAUCAUUAAGUCUUUCCCCCCAUGCGGUAAAGACAGACUGUAAUUCUUCAACUGAUCAUGACCCUACCGUUUUCGAGGUUCAGCAUGUGUUCACCUGUCAGGUUGCACACAACUUCGACCGUGCUGAUACUUUGGCGACAUAUGCUCAAGAUCCCGCACGUUCUUCCUAUCGAGCACACGUGCAAUUAACAAGAUAGACCGUUGGGUAUAAAAUGGAUCUCGAAAUGUUACUUUGCAGAGUCGUCGAGCUUGAACCUCACGAUGAAGUUCCUCUUGGCUCUGGUUGUCGCUGCUGCGAUCUCAUUCACUUCUGCUUCCACUACACUCGUCAAACGUGCCAAUCCACAGGGUAUCGAUGUUUCUCACUGGCAAGGUACCAUAAACUGGAACACCGUCAAAGCCAAUGGUGUUUCUUUCGUGUAUAUCAAAGCCACCGAGGGCACUACGUACACGGAUCCCAAUUUCUCAGCAAACUACGUUGGUGCUACCAACGUUGGCUUGAUCCGUGGAGGGUAUCAUUUCGCCCAUCCUGACUCUUCCUCUGGAGCGACCCAGGCCAAUUACUUCCUUGCUCAUGGAGGUGGAUGGUCCAGUGAUGGUAUCACUCUGCCCGGUGCUCUGGACAUUGAAUACAACCCGAACGGCGCAACAUGCUAUGGUUUAAGCGCCUCUGCCAUGGUGACCUGGAUCAGGGACUUUUCUAACACUUACCAUUCACGCACUGGAGUUUACCCAGUCAUUUAUACUACGACUGACUGGUGGAAGACGUGCACGGGUAACAGCGCGUCGUUUGCGUCUACUAACCCCUUGUGGAUCGCCCGUUACUCAUCAAGUGUUGGAACGCUUCCUGCUGGCUGGUCGUACGUUCCAUACGUUCUGGCAAUACGCCGACUCUGGUUCGAACCCCGGAGAUCAGGAUACGUUCAAUGGAGACAUGGCUGGAUUGCAGAGGCUGGCCAAAGGCUGAGGUUACUAUGAUAUGAGACAUCAACGAAUGCGGUACCGAGUGUCUAUCCCCUGAAUGUUCUGACUUUGGUCAUAUGUCUAUGUCAAUGAUUUCGAUGAAGAUAAUCAUGCAAUUGAUUCAUCUUGGUCCCCGGUAUAUGAAUUCAUAUACCCCAAGAUCGUGUGAUAAAAGUCUGGUCUGCAG